AUGGAAUCUGGUGCCAUACCCGAUGGCAGCAUCACCGCAUCGUCGUUUUUGCGUGCUGGUUACGAGCCAUACCGCGGUCGGUUAGACGGAGUUGCCGGUGAAGGCGCCUGGGUAGCCAAGUACCCCGUCACCGGACAGUGGCUGCAGGUGGAUUUAGGGGAAAUGAAGCUGGUCACGUGCACCAUCAUUCAGGGUCGGCCUACUGCCGAUCAGUAUUUCCAGGUAACGUCAACAGGAGCCACCCCGUCACAACUGGACAACGCAGUAAAUGCCCGUUAUUUGCGUUUCUUGCCUCAGUCCUGGCAUAACCACAUCGCCAUGAGGGCGGAGGUUUUUGGCUAUUACACCAAUGCAGUUCUCCCAGCCUGUCCUCGUCUACUUGGUAUGGAAUCUGGUACCAUACCUGAUGGCAGCAUCACUGCAUCCUCCACACUUGGUGAUAUUUUCAAGUCUUACUACGGGCGGUUAAACGGAGUGGCUGGCGGAGGCGCCUGGUUAGCCAAGUACACCACCGUCGGGCAGUGGUUGCAGGUCUUUCCAGGUAACUUCGACAGAACCUACCCUGUCACAAACCUCCUGGACAACCCAGUUGAUGCCCGUUCUGUGCGUUUCGUGGUUCAGGCCUGGCAUAAUCACAUCGCAAUGAGGGUGGAGAUUGUGGGCUGUAACACUAUUGCAGCCCCCUUCCCAUCCUGUCCACAUCUACUUGGGAUGGAAUCUGGUGCCAUACCGGAUGGCAGCAUCACUGCAUCCUCGUUCCACAGUGCUGGUUACGAGCCUUACAACGGGCGAUUAAACGGAAUCGAUGGUGAAGGUGCUUGGGUAGCAAGACACGACACCAUCGGGGAAUGGUUACAGGUGAAUUUAGGGGAAAAGAAGCCGAUCAUGGGCACCGUCAUACAGGGUCGCCACAGCGAAAACCAAUGGGUGACGUCAUACAAACUCCAGUACAGUACCUAUGGGACCAUUUGGGUGACAUUUGCCAGCAACAAUGGCUCAGACAUGGUCUUUCCAGGCAACGCCGACAGGAGCCUUCCAGUCACGAACUUACUGAACAACCCAGUUGAUGCCCGCUACGUACGUUUCGUGCCUCAGACCUGGCAUGGUCACAUCGCCAUGAGGGUUGAGAUUGUGGGCUGUAACACAACAUUUUGUCUGACCACAAAGCACGUAGAGAAUGGAGCUCUGAACUGGGACCUUCCCAAGAUCACCUCCUCACCCUUCAUCUUUGAGGUCAAGGUCAACAGCAGCGGCAGUGGGUCCGUCCUCAUCUUCCUCUACCCGUGGGAUGACGACACAACGGAGAACCAGGAAGGGUUUCGCGUUGAGCUCACAUCUGGACAGUCCCUGAUAGUGAGAACUACAAAGGACGGAGGCAGAUAUACCGUUGCGAGUUAUCAUUCAACAGAUAUGGAUGAGUGCCUCACUCUGAACGGCGGCUGCAGCCAGACCUGCACCAACACUGGGGGAACUUACAACUGUUCCUGUAGUGAAGGGUUUGUACUUGACGGAGACGGACAUACCUGUGCUGACUUUGAUGAGUGCCUCAUUAGAAAUGGAGGUUGUGGCCAGAUCUGUAACAACGCUGUAGGAUAUUACAGCUGUUCGUGUUGGGAAGGAUUCAGCCUAGACGGUUUCUUACAUAACUGCAACGAUGUUGAUGAGUGUUUUACUAAAAAUGGCGGCUGUAGUCAGUUCUGUACCAACACUGUAGGAAGUUACAUUUGUUCCUGUAGUGAAGGGUUCGUAAUGGGCUGGGAUGGACAUGGCUGCAUCGAACUUUCAACAACAAAAUCAACUACAACACAGCAAACUACAGUGCCUACUACAUCCCCUGUUGCAUCAAGCAGUAGGUUCCAGACCGCACAACAGACCAGCACAGCUCUGAUGGACACUUCCACCAUGUCCACUACAGACGUGAUGCCUACAAGCUCUACAACAACUGCCAAAACGACAACGCGCUUCGUCUUCGGAGAUAUUGAUGGGGAACCAUCUGAUUAUAUGGAUGAUGAAGUUUCCAGCAUGUCUCCCAUGACCACACUCCCCACACUGCCGCCCAGAACAACCGAGCCGACGCCUCCGCCUCCUGUUUUCACCACCACUCAAGAAUCGUCAACCCCGGCGCCAUUUCUGAUAGAGGAGGAGAUACCUGUUGUUAUCAAGACUCUUAACGAGAAAGUGAGCCGCUUCAGCGGUUCCCUGGACGACCGCAAGGAACUUCUCAGAGAAGUGACUGACUCAACAUCGUCGGUGCUACGAGCUCAGAGCAGUAGCAGGAAGGCCGUUGCUAUGGAGACGACCGUUGACCUUUCCUCCGGCGUCACAGACGAGUUAAAGGACCUGAUAGACGUCAGGUCUUCAGACCAGUCACCGAUGGAGCAGCUGAUACUGAAGAAAAGUGGAAAAGAACGUCUGAAAUCUCGGGUGAUGAGUGAAACGAGAGAGAUGCUGCAGCUGAUGGAUGCGGCAGCAGACAAACUGUUGGAAGAGACACCACCGGAAGUUGAGGGUACGUACAUCCGGUCUGACGGUGUGCUCACGGCCGUGAAGAAGAGCAUCCCUGAUGUCGGCACCGUUCCUAUCAGUCAGGAUGUCGGCCCCAUCGUGUUCACAAAGGAGGACAACCUUCCUGAGGAUUCCACCAUGAAGGUUGUGGCGUUUGUGGAUGAUCCAUUUGUGUGGAGUGUGGAGAAAGCUGAAGUGACCUCAUCAGUAGUCAUGGUAACAAUCACCAAAGAGAGGGAUCUAACUGACGCGUCAAACCUCCAGCCAUACAUCACCAUCGUCGUCAAGCAGAGAGUGCAGUUUGGGACCACGGGUGACACAGAAGAACAGUAUCAUGACACCCUGCCGACAUCAUACAGGCAGAACCUUGAUGAUGCGGGUAGAUCCUUCCCUGUCACCAAGGUUCCUAGUCGUAACACCAACAUGAAGCAUCACGCCAUGUACAUCGCCAAUGCAGGCCAGGUGCCCCUACUUAGAUUUUCUGUCGAUGACGUCGACACGGAACUGCAGGUUUACUUCCGGUUUCACGACUUCCCAACUGAGGAAGAAUACGACUACACAACAGUUGUCAAACCUCCCGAAGUCACUGAUUAUAACGGUUUCGACAUGCCAUUUGGCCUCGUCUACUCCAAUUUCAACGUUUUAGUUGUUCCGGAGUUCCGGAUGGAACGCGGGUGGCUCAUGGUUGGUGUGAAGACAAAAGGAGACCAACCCCAUGGUGGUGUGAGGCGGCUCCUGACGUCAGCAGUCCCUCAGACCCCACCCCCUCCAAGUCGUGACGUCAUCCCUGCAGGAGUCACACUGCAGACGGCUGCAGUCUCCUGUCUGAUGCGGGAAAACGAGAACCAGACGUGGGACAACCGUCGCUGCCAGGUUGGGACAGAAACGAACGAGACCACCACUAUGUGCACGUGUGACAUGACACGACAAAGUGAUGGGAAAAGCUCCAGCGUGAUUCUGGCAGCGUCUUUCUUUGCGCUUCCACACUUCGUGAACUUCGACAAGUUUGGCAGCAAUACUGACAAGUUGUCCACAAAUUCGACCGUGUAUGGAACAAUCGUAACACUGUGGAUGAUAUUUUUGAUGUCCCAACUAUUAAUAUUACAGUCAAACAUCAGGAGCCACAUCGCUUCACGCACCGCAGUGGCCGACAGCAUUGCUCUUGGACAAGCAGCAAAGCUCGCCAAAGUGAAGCCCAGCAUAGCGGCUGUUCCCAGAGUCUCCACAAUCCCAUCGGAUGUUCCCGGUGCGGACUACGUCUACGUCGUGUCUGUCCGUACGGGAACCCAGCCUGAUGCCGGCACGGCGUCUGUGGUCGGGCUGAUGAUCACAGGGUCAGAGGGCAGGACAGCCAUGGUCACUCUCAACCCGGCAGGCCUGAUCCUAGCCCGAGGUGGUGACACGUACCACAUAAUGACGACACCAGCCUCUGUUGGCGAGCUCCAGUCUGUACAGGUCUGGCACGACAGCUCCGGGAAGGGCGCCAUGGAGUCACUCUUCAUAGACAGCAUUAAGGUCUGGGACAUGCAGACAUCACAAGGAUUCUGUUUCCCAUGUUACACCUGGCUGUCCUCUAGCAAAGGAGACGGUAGGACAAUAAGGACAUUGAAGGCAGCUCAUGGAGAAAUGCAGAUGUCCGAAUACACCCUGCCGACGUUUUCGUACCUUCUGUACGACGACCAUCUGCUCUUGUCAGCAGUGUGCAACUCCGGUGUGAGACACUUCAGCCGGGCACAGCGCCUGGUCUGUUGCCUGACGCAGACCACACUGUGGAUGGUGGGCAGCGCUAUGUGGUACGGGGUCAGACUGGGGGCACACGAUGUCAUUCUGUUCGACGCAGGAGUCAUCACUCUCCGUCUAUCAGAACUGAUUGGUACUGCAGCAACAUCAUUCACAGUGUUCCUGCCAGUUUACGCAAUCCUCGUGCCGAUGUUUCGCAAGCAGCCUCCGCUGGAGGAUCAUAUUCCGCCAGGACCGAUAAAAACGCCGACAUCUCCAUCCAUCCGCCGGUUUCCGUACAAGACGGUUGCGUGGAUCCUCGCCAUCCUGACGUCUGUCUGCAGCAGCUUCUUCGUCAUCGUGUACAGUCUGCAGUUUGGAGCCGGGAGAAGCCAGGCCUGGCUGAAGGACUUCGUCCUGGCAUUCCUGUUCACUACGUUUGUACUGGAGCCUGUUCAGAUUUUUCUGAUCGCUUACACAAAGGCAGUCAUCAUCGGACCUAUAGUCUGGUCUGUGACCGCUUGUGUUCGGGGACUUUUGGGGACGAACCUUUCUGGCACAGGGCGACCUCCAAUUGGUGUUAUUCAGAAGAGAAGCAGGGAUUAUGAAGUUCCCGCUCGGAGAGUUUUGCCGCCAGCCCCGAAGAAAACCGACCAUGACCCGAACUGGGUCGAGAAGAUGACAAAAGGCAGAAGCAUCCUGGUGCUCCUGAUGUUUCUCCUCGUCUUCACUGGAAAUGCCUUUUACAUCGGGAUUCUGGGCUUCGAUAGACACGCCUACCAUGUCAGGACCUCACUGGAGAACACGCUACUAUCUGGAUAUGAGGAGGUCGCCACAGCAGACGAUGCUUGGAAGUGGCUGUCGUCGGAACUGAUGCCGUCCCUCCACCCAGAGCGUGGGUACAGCGGGCAGAAGCUGAGGUGGCUGGACAAACAGUUUCCUGCUGGAACAAACGCAUUCCGGAUCGGUUCUGUUCGCCUGGAGAGAACCACCGAGUAUCCAGAUGACCCAAUAGACAUAGACCUCGAAACCAGUGACCAAAGGCUUUAUCCUGCGCUGAUGAUGACUCUAAUCAAAAGAGCUCUUCGCCGACAGAGUGAAGAAAGCUGUUCUUACAACGGGACUGCAAGUAUUGUCGACGAAGUCAGAAAUGGCACUUCGGCGUGCUUGACCACGGUGGACCUGGCACGGGAUGCUGAUCAGGCUGCUGCAGUGAUAGACUUCCUAAAGCAGACCGACUGGAUCCUGAUGGUUUCAGACACUCUCAUUCUCCGGGCCAACUUCUACCACCCUGACGUGAAGCUUUUCAGCAGCGUGGUGUUCAGGCUGCAGUACCUCCCAGGGGGCGCUGCUGAACUCCAGCCCAGUAUCCAGACCUUCCGACUGUUCCAGUACCAGACAGCAGACGACUAUGUCCAGAUGAUUUUCCACAUCUUGUUCGUCCUUUUCUACAUCUACAGCGUCCUUGGUGAGAUUUGGAACAUACGGAAGAGUGGUCGUGCGUACUUCGUCAAUUUCUGGAACAUCUUGAUCCUGAGCAACAUUGGCUUGUCGACAGCCGUCAUUGUGACAUUCGCACUUCGGUACAUCCAGGCAGCUGCUGCACUGCGUGACAUACAACAAGCAAAAGGGCUGUUCGGUAUCAAUGAGUUUGUAGACAUCAGUACCGCUGGCCAAUGGGACGCUACCUUCAAGGAGGUCAUGUCCUUCUCCAUCUUCAUCAGUACCUUCAGCAUCCUGCGGGUUCUCAACUUCUCCAGGGGCGUGGCUACCGUCUACGCUUUGCCUCGCCUGCUAUACAGCGAAGCCUUUGGGUUUGCGGUGUACAUGCUGGUUAUCAUAGUGGCCUACGGCUUCAGUGGGAUCUUAAUCUUCGGCAAAAACAUGGAGACUUUCUCCGCUUAA